GCUGCCUCCCGCCAGUAGGCGGUGAGGGUAUAUGCAUUGUUGGCGCGGCUCAAACAAAUCUAAUUAAAUGUCAAAUAGCCUGUUAUUCUUACUCCUGGUCACGGGGACCUGACCUUUUUGCACUUUACUUGACACCACUUUGGAAGAUCGAGUUAGGGCGGGAGAAAGAGCGAAGGGAAUAGAGCGUGACUGAGAUGGUGCGCUGAAGAAUAGAUUGAACUUGUACACUUCAAAUUACGCCGCUGGCGGUAAGACAGCCCUCCUCAUCUUUGGAAUAUUCCCAUUCAGUCUGACGUCUUCCAACGCUCACUGACUGUGUUGAUCGGCGAAGAACAUGUGCUAAUAUAUUCCGAAAGGCUGCCAUUAUGACUCCUUCCUAUCCAAGUGGGCUCAAGACAGGGAGAUAAUAGAUAGGGUUUUACCAUAUUUGCGUUCUAUCACACAAUUUAAACCUUGACUGUCCUCGUUAAUAGACAUUAGGUUUUUUUUUUAAUCCAUCGAAAAGCCCUCAACCACUCUUUCUUCUCAUAUGUGAGAACAUAUUUAACCAAAUAUAGUUCGAUGAAACAAAAAAGUCAUUGACAUUCUGGUUAUUAUAUUGGGUCAACUAUGAGAAUUUCAAUUAAAAUCAUAACCAACACAAACAUUAAAUUAAAUUAUGACAUUUCUAAGGGAGAAAAUAUAUGAACGAUGCUGAGUCAAACACUUCAUUAUGACUCACAUCAGUAAACAUCUCAUUUAAACGUGCUAAAAAGUUAAAGUUGGUGCUUUUAUGCCUCUAUAGCCCAGUGUUUAACUGGUGAUGUAGCCUUGAAUUCACCUCUGUCUCUCCUAGACUACUCUCCCGCUCUGUUUAUUCACUCUAAAUCGACUCGUGGCGUCACUGAGCCUUCUAUUAUGACGACUGCCCUAUUAACAAUGACAGCGCGUGAGGAGAGAGAGGGCAAUGGUGAUCCCUCCCAGAUAUCGUGCAGCACUCUCGAGCGCUCGCAUCGCACAGCUCCUCGUCUGCGUUUCCUGCUCCCAGACUGUCUUACCAAGCUCCGGGAGAUCUGGCCCUCUGCUCUCGUCUAACGGUUAUGGACAGCGCUAAGGACAUGCUGAUGCGCACCGAGGGUGGUCAGGUUGGCACACUGUCUGCCAAAACUGGCUCUAAUUUGACGGAAGCUACUGGAGACCCCAUGCGCAAGUUACCGGACAAACCGGUUAACCAGAACAGACUGAGCCCAGUGCCUUAUUCGCAAAACCUAGUGGAUGACGCCACAAAGGGACACCGUAGCGCAAAGUACGGAGAAGUGACACUUGCUAGCAAGCCCUCCGCGCCGGACAGAGACCUGUCAGACAUUCCCAACAAAGAGGCCAGCAGCUCAGAUGCGGAAUCAGAUCUCUAUGAGGAAAUAGAUGUCAGCUGUACCCCAGAGAGCAUGGAUUACCCGAGUGGACAAGGAAUGGCGAUGGGCUCGCCGAACCACGGUAAAGAAGUCGGUGUGGACAACAAGAUGGGCUCAGGCCCCGGUUCUCUCAACUACGGUUCUGACCAGAUGCGAAGGUAUCGAACAGCAUUCACGAGAGAGCAGAUAGCACGACUGGAGAAAGAGUUUUACCGGGAAAAUUACGUGUCCAGGCCACGUAGGUGCGAGUUGGCGGCUGCCUUAAAUUUACCGGAAACAACAAUAAAGGUUUGGUUUCAGAACCGUCGCAUGAAAGACAAGAGACAGAGGCUGGCUAUGACUUGGCCGCAUCCUGCCGACCCUGCCUUUUACACUUAUAUGAUGAGCCAUGCUGCAGCCACGGGCAGCCUGCCCUAUCCAUUUCAAUCUCACCUUCCUCUACCUUACUACUCUCCACUCAGCGGAGUGACUGCAGGUUCAGCCUCUGCUACCGGGGGUCCAUUCUCCAAUCCUCUGCGCUCGCUGGAUAGUUUUCGGGUGCUUUCGCAUCCAUACCCGCGUCCUGAGCUACUGUGCGCCUUCAGACACCCAUCACUGUAUCCCAGCCCGGGUCAUGGGCUUGGUCCUGGUGGAAGCCCAUGCUCCUGCCUUGCCUGUCACGCUGCCAGUCAGUCAAACGGGCUCCCACACAGGUCCAACAACGCAGACUUCUCGUGUUCGCCCACGACCAGGACUGAGGCCUUCCUCACGUUCUCGCCAGCAGUCAUCAGCAAAUCAUCUUCAGUGUCUUUGGACCAGAGGGAGGAAGUGCCACUAACCAGAUAAGACGACAGCAAGAGGCCACGGAUUCUUCGGAUCUACUGUGUCCAUCUCCAGUAGCUGCAGUAGUAAUAGUGGCUCUGUCCAGCUCUUCAUUGCCUAUACUGAUGGAUUCCCAUAUCAGAGGAGCGGCUGGUCGAUGCCCCCACAUUCUUCAUUUACCAGUGAGUGAGAGAGAGACAGAGGCCAAGCAAUGUGUUUAACCUGGCCAAUGCUCAGAGCUGAGAUGAAGCCAGAAUUUCUGGACAUGAACCACUGGAUCAUUGGUUCUUGCUUAGAAGGUUGUUAUUUAAAUUGAUCAAAGUGUACAUAUUCCAUGUGUAUGUGUAGCUUCUGAGAACAAAAUCCACAAAAAUCUAAUUAUGAUCAUACGGUACCUUAAUUUUGGCUCAGGAUGUAGGAGAUACAAAUUUGGUGCUUCCACUGUGACAUUGUGGACCUUCCAAGCAGCUUAUGGGCUGGUCUGAAUGUACUUCUGGAUCCAGAGGCAUACUUGAGUUAUAUGAAAAAAUAUUUUACGUUUAUCAAAUGCCAAAACAAUCAAAACAUUAGGUAAUAGAUGGAAUCCAAAUGUAAUUAUUAAUACAGAUAUUUUAAAGCCAUGCCAAUAUUUAAUUUUAAAUCUUUAAUUUUUAAAAGAAAGCAUACACAUAAAGAGCACAAGGUUUAUAUUUUUUAUUUACCUUGGUGACUAGAGUUGAGAAAAUACAAAUACACUGCACAAAGGAUAUGUGAUUAAGAUGCUUUAAAAACUGUUAUUUGGAUAAGUUGGACUUGUAAGUGUACACUGGUUAAGUCAUUAAUAAUUAUGAAGACAGAAAUAGUAAAACAUUUCCAUUUGAAAAUAAACCCAUUUUAUUUGAGGCUAUGGACAUAUUUAAAACAACCACGAAAAUCAUUUAGUGCCAUCAACAUUAUAAAAUCAAUAGUCAAGGUCAUGGUUGUCUGUUUUUUCAUAUAGCAACUCCACCCCUUUCUUACAUCUCUGACACUAGUCAGCUAACACAAAUAAAUUGCAUGGUGUGAACCCAAAUGUCUAUUGUAACAACAGUACAUUGCAAACAUCCGUCUGACCAGUUUUGUGUUCUUUUUAAGUUAUAAUUAGGUUUUGAUAAGGAUGGUACAUCUAUUCAGGUACAUCAAUUCAGUUGAUUAUUUUCUAUUUAUAAAAUUACUUGUGAAAUUCCUAUUGUUAACUCACAUUUUUCAUUAUGGUUCAAAAAGUUUAGGCUAUUCUUACAACAAUUGUAUUGUCAUCACAAUUAAGAAUGCUGCUGAAGUUACUCUUCAAUUUAUUUUCUCAUGCAGCUGCAAGAGUGAAGCUCAGUUGAAGUGUACCCAAAUCAUGCGAUAUUGUCUAAAAUAAUUUAAUAAGCACUUUGUUUUAUGGGAGUGAGUUAUUGUUUUAUGAUGACUCAGGGAGCCAAUGGCUUUGCAGUGCUCUCCAGCUCUCUCCACACCUCGUUUUAUUUUACAGCACUAUGCUUUAUUACUCGGCAACCAUGCCGCCGAGCUGCACGGCAACCGUGCCAAACCCUGAGUUUUCCCAUCAUUUCCCAGUCCUCUAUCAGAUAAAUCUAUAGCAUUAUGAAAUAUCAAAAUAACUUCAUGCGUGCUGAAGAAUAUCAAUGUACGUAUUGUAAAAAUUUUCAGUUCAAUGAAUGUUCUCAAAACAAAUCAUGAGAGUAUUUAUACUCCACUGGCAAUUGCUAAAAAAGAGGAUUAUUUUACCUAAACUUUUAGAAAGUAUGAUGAGAGGUGAAUGUAGCUGGUGAAUGUAAAGAAGUGUGUAUGCAAGAACUGUAUGUGUGAUAGUGUAACCCUGGGAACAAGUGAUGUGUUUUCAUUACAGCUCUCUGGCCCUUUUACUUGUGUCCGAUAUGCUCCAACCCCCAACCCCCAGAAGGCAACAGGACAAGGCGCACACUGACAGGAGAAUCAUUGGCGCAUGACAGGGGUGUCCUGGUUUUCCCCUUCUACACGCUAGCUGCUGUUAAAGAUUCAAGACAUGAGCUAUGUGCACUGCUUGCUCAAGCUUUCAUUAGAUUGUAUUAAGUUAUACUGCAUCACCAUAAUUAGAUGGAAUCAAGCAAGAAUAAAAGAUUUCAGCAAGCAGCACUGAGUCACAUUGAAAACAUAAGAACUAUAUUGAAUUGAAUUCAACUGGCCACACUGCACAUUGAAUUGUAAUCUGACUGAAUUGUAAUUCAACAUGGGUAAUGCAUUCUAGUAAUGUAUUCUAAUGCACCCCAUGGUCAAAACAUUAAUUAAAGGGUUAGUUCACCCAAAAAUGAAAAUUCUGUCAUUUAUUACUUACCCUCAUGCCGUUCCACACCGUAAGACCAUCG